AUGCAUCUUUGUGCUCGACUCUAUGCUGAUCGAUCCCUGCAAGAAGACUUGAGAAUGGUCAGAGCUGCUUCUGGCCCUGUCAUGCAUGAGUACCACGACACACUGCAGCGGCAGAAGAGUCAGGACGGCACGACCCAGUUUCAAGCUGGCCGCGCCAGCGGCCAUUCCUGGUGGGCAAAAGUCCAGAAGACCCUGCAACUCGUUCAUGACCGUUCGGCCCUUCAAGGCUGCGGCAUCACAACCGUGUCUACAUCGGCGCCCACCCUUCUCCCUGAAGAUCCAGACGCCUCUGAACAAUGGUUUUUGGACGAGUGCAAAAAGCUUGAGAAGUACUGGCGAGUGCUGGUUGAGAUUGGGUCUGCUCGCAGCUGGUCACAGAUUCAGUUCCACGUCUGCCAGCCGAAUUCCUUGGCAGUCGUUCUCCUGAACGACCGGUCAGCUGCUCAGGGCGGCUUGGAUGUGAUCAGAGAGGUGCGGGAUGCUGUGCUGGCAGCGGAACGAGCUGCAGCACCCGAUAGUGGGACCCCUCCAGCAGAUCGAGAAGCAAUUUCUGCAUUACUGCAGGAUUUAGCAUGGAAUCGACUACAAACUGCCCGUGAAUCUUGGCUGGUGUGUGAGGAAGGACAAUGGCGGGCGGACGACCCUGACAUCCAGCUACAAGCUGAGCACCUGUUUUCAGGUGAAGCCAAUACGAAGUGGAGCCUGGAGGACCUAUUUAGUCACCUCGCCACCAUCGCCCGCAGCACGAAUCUUCCAACGGAGCCUGACCUGGGUGACUUGGCUGGCAAAGCUUUCAGGUCCGGAUCUACACGGGACCUCGACAAGGAGGUACGUGCAGGGCUGGUGCACAUGAAACUACAGUGCUCCAAGAAGGCAGGUACUGCAUCGAACCAAACUGCAGCGGCCGCGACGGCCUUGCUGAGACAUUUGAGCUUGGGCACGCGAGGAUUUGCGCCAAUCGGUGCAUCCUGGACAGGUGUGUUCUUGACGAAGGGCAGUGUUUUCUGCAACACGGAGACCAGCCAGACUGCAGUGUCCCUGGGCUUUCGCAAGUAUGGUGCUUUGAUGGUCUUCUUCAGUGUCGAGGGCAACUCGGCGCCGAGGGCGCCACUGUGGGCGUUCCAAACCAGCCUCGCUGAGCCUCUCUGGCUCAACUGCAACAGUGCUGUGUGCCACCCGCUUUCGAUUCCGAACGAACUGCGCGGCUACGUGUUGGUGCUUGAGCAGGUGGAGGCCCCACAAGAUCCGAUAAAAUCCGCCUUGAAGAGCGGAGUCUUCCUCACACUGCAGCACCUCAAGGCAUUGCAUGCUGAAUUCCGGUUCCCGCUGCCUAAGAAAGGCAAAGGCGGAGGCAAACAUGGCUCGGUGAUCAAGUCGGACUAUGCAGCAGCUUUACUGUUGCAUUUCUUCGGCGACAAGAUGACGGAUUCAGAGCGAGGCAGGAUGAUGGACUCCUUGAUGGGCAAGGGCUGGGACAGAAAUUGGCAAGCCUGCCAGCACUCCAGCAGCAUCCUGGAGGCAUACAAAGCCUUGGACCCGGUGGACAAGCCUGCUUUUGUGAAGCUUGCCGCAGUGGCGGCUGACGAAGAGAAACUGAAAGAGGCGCGAGCUGAGCGUGCAGAUGUGAAAUUAGGGCACAUGAGCCCCCAGCACGAGACCCCGCAGAUCCUGCGGAAGCUUUUGCCGACCGGCGCCUCGUUCCAGUGUCGGUUCAAUCGCCAUCCCCAGCAAAUGCGGUACCAGGUCUACAUCUUCGACAUUGAGACUGGCUCUUCGGCUUGA